UGGUGGUGGUGGUGGCGUUUCAGCACCGCGGACAGCUCCUGCCUCUGGUCUCUGGGCUGCAGGGAGAAACAGCUGGACGAGACUACACACCGCUUCACUUCGAUCCACAGACCGCCCCGAGCCUGCCCCACGCGAUCCACGCGAGAACAGGCUGUCCGUGUUUCUCCUCCUUCUCCUCCGUGCUGACUGCUGUGUUCUGUGGCCUCGCUGAGGACUCCAGCCUCGGUUAACUGCAUCGCCUCUGCGCCUUCCGUCCGCUGGCUCCUCUUCCUGUUGUUGGCGGCCACGGUGUUGUGGGGUUUUCGGGGAGGGCGGGGCGGAGGAGCAAAGUUCACUUCUUCUUUGCUCUGAUUAUUUUUGGUGUCGUGCACCUGUGUGUGACAUGUGCGUGUGCACGCCGCCGCUCGCUGCCCGGGUUUGUCUGCAGGCUCGGGAGCGCAUGUUCCUCCGGGAUGCAGAAGAAGUUGUGUAGUUCCUCUCGCGCUCUGCUGUGAGACAGGUGAGCUGCAUCUGCAUCGUUGGCUGGGAUCCUCGCAGCAGAGUGCCACGGACUCGCUCGUUUCACGUGGACAAACGUCAGAGAGCACGAUGAGGAGCCUCUGUGACUUUUUAAAUUGCACCUAAGAGAGAGAGAGAGACGGGGGUGGGGUGGGGGUCCCUGUUAGUGCCCCGGCACUGCUGCAGGAACACACGCUUUGCUUCUUUAGCUGCUUAAACCGCUGGGAUCGCGCGUGACAGUGGACACUGUGCCGCUCACCUCUUUACCCCUAACCUGAAAACAGAGCCCGACACGCGGGGAACGAAAUGAAGAAGUUCCGGAAGGUGCUGGACGGCCUGACCACCUCCUCCCCGGGAGCCACUGUGGGCUCUCCGUCGUGCGGCAGCGCGGCCGGGACUCCCACGGCGGCUCCAACUCCGAAGGAGAUCGACGUCCAGGAGACGCUGGUGUCGGAAAACUUCCAGCUGUGUAAGACGGUGCGUCAUGGUUUCCCUUACCAGCCCACCGCUUUGGCCUUUGACCCCGUGCAGAAGAUCCUGGCCAUCGGUUCGAGAUCUGGUGGAGUACGAAUACUGGGCCGACCUGGGGUGGACUGCUACUGUCAGCAUGAGAGCGGAGCUGCUGUUCUUCAGCUGCAGUUUCUCAUCAAUGAGGGGGCGCUGGUCUCAGCCUGUGCAGACGACACGUUGCACUUGUGGAAUCUGCGCCAGAGGCGGCCGGCCAUCCUGCAUUCACUCAAGUUUAACAGAGAGAGGAUCACCUUUUGCCACCUGCCCUUUCAGAGUAAAUGGCUGUAUGUGGGGACGGAGCGCGGGAACACACACAUCGUCAACAUCGAGUCCUUCAUUUUGUCCGGAUACGUCAUCAUGUGGAACAAGGCCAUCGAACUAUCAACUAAAACUCACCCAGGACCAGUCGUUCAUUUGAGUGACAGCCCAAAGGAUGAAGGAAAGCUGCUUAUAGGGUUUGAGAGCGGGACGAUCGUGCAGUGGGACCUCCGGGGCAAGAAGGCUGACUUCAGGAUCUACUACGAUGAGGCCAUCCACUCUGUCAGCUGGCAUCACGAAGGGAAGCAGUUCAUGUGCAGUCACUCGGACGGCAGUCUGACGCUGUGGAACCUCAGAAACACCACCAAGCCAUUCCAGGUCACCUUCCCUCACGGAAAGAUACAGAAGGAUGCGAGGAAGGAGUCGUGCAAACCUAUUCUCAAAGUGGAAUACAAGACCUGCAGGAACAGUGAGCCUUUUGUUAUCUUCUCUGGGGGUCUUUCAUAUGACAAGGCGGGACGACGGCCGGCACUGACGAUCAUGCACGGCAAGGCCAUCACUGUGCUGGAGAUGGAUUACCCCAUAGUAGAGUUCAUGGUGCUGUGCGAGACUCCAUACAACAACGAGGUCCAGGAGCCUUACGCUGUGGUCGUGCUUCUGGAGAAAGACUUAAUCGUGGUGGAUCUAACACAGAGCAAGUACGUCACUGUGAAACAUACAGUUAGACAUCAUAUAUCAGAAUCNCCAGUGACCUGCACGGCCUAUUUCGCAGACUGUCCACCAGACAUCAUCCCGAUCCUCUACUCCAUAGGAGCGAAACACAAGAAGACUGGCUACAGCCAGAAGGAGUGGCCAAUCAGUGGAGGGACGUGGACAUUAGGCUCCCACACUUAUCCAGAGAUCAUCAUCACGGGGCAUGCUGAUGGAUCGAUCAAGUUUUGGGACGCAUCUGCAAUCACGCUGCAGAUGUUGUACAAGAUGAAGACCUCCAAAGUGUUCGAGAAGCCAAAGCCAGGCGAGGGCCGCGCCGCCGAGCUGGUGGAAGAAGACCCGUUUGCUAUUCAGAUGGUCAGCUGGUGCCCUCAGAGUCGCAUGUUCUGCGUGGUCGGCAUCUCAGCUCACAUCAUCCUCUAUCGUUUCAGCAAAUAUGAUGCCAACACUCAGAUAGUGUCUCUAGAGGUGCGUCUGCAGUGUGACUCGGACGACGUCAUCUCUCCAUCAGAGAAUGAAAACAAUCCCAGCUUCUCAGAGCCCGGCUCCCACUCACCCCAACCGCACCAUCACCACCAACACCAACACCCAGCCAGCCCAGGCAGCAGGACACCAGAGGGCAUCAAAGACAGCAUCCCCUGCCUCAAAGUGAAGGACCGGGCGGUUCGGGUUCCUCCUGGCUACCAGUCAGAGUUGGUCAUCCAGCUCCUCUGGGUAGAUGGUGAACCUCCACAGCAGAUCACCAGCCUGGACAUCAACUCAGCCUAUGGCCUCCUGGCGUUUGGGAAUUGUAACGGCCUGGCGGUGGUGGACUACUUGCAAAAAACUGUCAUAUUAUGUUUGUCGACACUGGAUCUGUACGGAAGCACCGACCCCUACCAGCGCCUUACCCGUUCCCCCCGCAGGAACAGGCAGUCCACCUCAGAGUUUUGCAUGCGCGGCCUGUCUAACUUUUAUUCAGAUUCAAAGAAAAGGAUCCGUACAUCCUAUCAGAGCCUUACUGAACUCACUGACAACCAGCAGUCGAUUGACAUGGAGAGGAACAAGUCGCCCACUUCAGUUCAUUACCCAACCUCCCUUCACAAUGACCCCCGCGUCCUGCCCGAGCCUGUGGCCAGUCUGAGAGCCAGCCACUGCAGUCCAGUCUUUUACUUACUGGACAAUGUAAAGGGACCCGGCAGAAAGUUAAGUCUGCCAACAGAUCUUAAGACUGAUCUUGAUCAUGUCAAUGGACAUUGCACUAGCCCCACCUCCCAGCCCUGCUCGGCGGGGAAGCCUCGCAUUCCAAUGGGUCCCGAGGGGCCACGGCUUACCCGCAGAGGCCCUGGCCGACCGCCCUUCCGCAAGGCCCAGUCCGCUGCUUGCAUGGAGAUCUCUUUGCCUGUGUCCCACACUGAAGGGCAUGCAUCCAGGAGGGCAAUGCUCCAGCAGUUACACGGAGUCACUAUGUACUCCCACGAUGAGCACCACAGCACCACCUCCUACUGCUGGAGUGACCGAGAGAGUCGUGAAAACUCCUUCACCCGCUCGCGCAGUUCCAGUGUUUCCAGCAUUGACCGCGACACCAAAGAGGCUGUCACCACACUGCAGUUCGGAGAGUCGUACGGGCGCAAGAACGAUGUCCUGCCCACCCCGUGUCUGUGGGUGGGCACUAGCUUAGGCGUGGUGCUGCUCAUCCCCAUGUCCAUCCCCACUGAUCAGGAGGAAAGGAUGGAAGAGCCUGUCACGAUGGGCGUAAGUGGAGCGGUGCUGAUGCUGAAGGGCUCUGUGUUACGCUUCAGCUUCUUGGACUGCAUGGGAGCUCUCAUUCUGACCCCCUACGAGGUUUGGCGGGACCACAACGCCCCCGAGGACCCAGACCGACCGCGGAGGCGCAAGCUGGUCCACUUUUCGCCAUCGUCCUCCCAGGACGCCUGCGGAGACGGACACUUGGCUGUGGUGUGCUCUGAGAGGCAGGCCAAAGUGUUCCUGAUGCCCUCGCAGUCUUGCCUGUUUGUCCACAACAUCACAGAGUCGUCCUUUGUGCUGAGGGCUGACGUGGUGUCUGUGUGUAACAGCGUGUGCCUCGCCUGCUUCUGUGCAAACGGACACGUCAUGACGCUCAGUCUGCCCAGCUUAAGACCGCUCAUGGAUGUCAAUUACCUGCCUCUGACAGACAUGCGCAUUGCAAGAACCUUUUACUUCACCAAUGGGGGGCAGGCACUGUAUCUCAGCUCCCCCACAGAGGUCCAGAGAAUUACAUACAGCCAGGAGAUGUGCGAUAACCUGCAGGAAAUGCUGGGAGAGCUGUUUACACCAAUAGAAACACCAGAAGCCCAGAACCGAGGAUUUUUAAAAGGCUUCUUUGGAGGAAAUGCCCACACCUUUGACAGAGAAGAGCUCUUCGGCGAGGCUGCGGCUGGGAAGGCUUCUCGGAGUCUUGCGCAGCACAUCCCUGGACAGGGAGGAGUGGAGGGCAUGAAGGUCGCCGCUAGUGGAGCGGUGGGCGAGCUGGCGAGGGCGCGCAUUGCUCUGGAUGAGAGAGGCCAGAGGCUGGGGGAGCUGGAGGAGCGCACCGCCCUAAUGAUGACUAGUGCAGAAGUCUUCUCCAAGCACGCUCAUGAGCUGAUGCUGAAAUGCAAGGACAAGAAGUGGUACCAGUUCUAAUAGCAGGACGGGGGCCUCGGUCUGCCCUCAUGCUGCUUGGAACGAUAUGCCGCGACGGGACUUUCACUUCAAAAAUGAAAGCAUUCAAAGAGAGGCACAGUGACUUUGUCUUUAUGGCUUCU